AUGGCCAGUUCUCUUACCAUGUGUACUUUUGAGAGGCAGGAAGGACCUGGCACAGUCACCAGGAAACACAUCAAACUCCUCACAGAGAGCAACCUGAUCAUGCCCACUCUUUCAGACUUCCACAGCUGGUUGAUUGUACUCAUACACUCUGGACAAAGCCAAGAGAGACCAAAAGCUGUGGUGUCCAUAAAGCCUGAUAAUAAUGUGUUCAGAGCAGAGAGGGUCACUGUCAGGUGUGAUGUGCAGGGAGGAGGAGACACUGAGUGGACAUUCAGCUGGUAUAAGAAUAAUCUCACUGUUCACACAUCCAACACAUCUCCGGAGUAUAAAAUCAGCUAUAUAACAGAGUCUGACAGUGGUGAAUACACCUGCAGAGGAGAGAGGAGGAGAGACUCUGAGAGAUCAGAGAUCAGUGAUGCUGUUACUCUUACUGUAUCUGGUGAGUUUUGUGGUGUUUUUGAGGAACAUCAGGUGAUUCCAUUAAACAGGGCUUUUAUUAUAUAUAACAUAUCCUUAUAUUUCCAAUCAGCCAAGAUAGUGCUGAGUGUGUCUCCACAGAACUGUCUGACUGAAGGAGACUCAGUAACUCUAAGUUGUGAGGUCAGAAAUUCUUCUACAGGCUGGAACUUCAACUGGUACAAAUAUGAAUUCUAUCAGCGGUACACCUCAGAGAUCAGCAGAGGAACUGGAGGAACCUACUCAAUCAGCCCUGCUGCUCUUCGUCAAACAGGACUUUUCUGGUGCAGUGCAGAGAGAGGAGAACCAGCCUUUCACACAAAAAGCAGCAAUAUACAGCAUCUAUUGAUCACCGAUAGAGAUGUAAUUUUGGAGAGUCCUGUUCAUCCGACCUCGACUACAGAAGAGAUGAUCAUCCCUACUGUCUCAAAGUCAGAUGAAGGUCUCUACCACUGUAAAAUCCCAGAGAAAGGAAAGUGUCCACAGAGCUGGAUCUCCAUCAGAGGUUUGCUGCUGUAA